AUGGAAGGGUUAGGGCCACCGCAGAAGCCGGAGCAAGCUGCGUGUCUUGAGGACACACAGUUUACAUUCGUGUUUGGUCAGACCAAGCAAGGUCUCCGUAGUCAUGCCAUGCGAGAGCACUGGAAACAGCGACAUAAACGGACCCGAGAGAAGAAAUCAGCACGGCAGCCUCGCCGCCAGUUACUACCCAACACAAAGCAGCUGCCCCUCAGUACCCCUCGAUCAGUCUUGGUCCCGCAGAUUGACGACGUCUAUGAGUUGGAACAUUUGCAUCUUUCACACCAACAGUCGGUUCAGUUCCAGCUCAGCGGGACCAAUCACCAGCCGGCAGAACGGGGGAUGACCUCUACUAGCGAGGAGAGCGAGGAGAGCGCGGGAGUGCAAGGUGGAAUCCCAGCCCAGGCCCUCGUUGGGCUGAACCAUGCGCUUGCAUGUAGCCGACUAGAUCCCUUCGACAUGUUUCCAGUGAAUCUGACAGCGCAGCAUCACAAACUCCUCCAUCACUGGCUCAGUACCCACGGCACCAUGAUGUUUGAAGACCUGCCGGCGGCGACCUUCAGCCCCAUGCGAGAUGUGUGGUUCCCCCUGGAUCUCUCAAACGCCGCGUCCUUCAACGCGGUCAUGGCCCACGCCGCCGCCCACCUGGCCAGAAUGCAGGGUCUCGGGGGCUCAAAGGAUGCGCUGAGGUACAAGGCCGAGGCUGUCCGUAUCGUCAUGGCGUGGAUGAGCGAUCCAAACCGUGCCCUCAGCGAUGAGGCUUUCGCCGCUGUGAUCCGACUUCUGACCUACGAGAGGUACUGGGGAUCAGAAUCCGAAUGGAAAGUGCACCGUGACGGACUGCAACGGAUGAUUGAGGCGCGCGGUGGCAUUGCGGCGCUGCAGAGAAACUGGCGGCUGGAGCUUGUCACGUUCCUCGUUUCGCUCAUGUCCAAGCCAUCGUGGUUUGACAGCUCCAACAACAUCUCAGAAAUAUCCGAAGGGGCUCUGACCAGGGCCGACUUGCACCCCUUCACGGGGAGCACGGAGAACUUGCGCCGAGUGCGCUGUCUGUGGCUCAUCUCUUUUAUCCAAGACAUACGCACCCUCAUGAGCUGUUCCUCCGAGUUCCGCUCCCAUGGGCUCGCCCUCUACAUUGGUGUCCGGGAUGCCGUGCUUCUUCUGCAGGCGGACUCGCAGCACCAGUCGAACGGCUCCCCACAAGAUGAAACCUGCACCCGCCCCGAAUUCGCCCGGCUGGCCUGCCUCUUCUUCAUCAGCGUACUGCUGCAGGGCUCCGUAUCCGUCUACAACGCCUCCCCGUCUCCGGCGCCGGAUGACACGGCGGCGGCCUCACCAAUUCUCAGCGACCUGGCCGGCCUCGACAUCUUCCUACGGGUGUCCCGGGACAAGUGGGAAGGGUCCGUGGAAAACCUGCAUUCCGCUCUUUUUUCCGAGUCUCCCGCCCUUCCAGAUGGCGCCCGGAAGGUGGAUUAUGUCCUGCAAAUGACGAAUGUGCUCGGGUCAAUGGGCGCCGAGGCGCGCCGCGGGGUGGAAAAGUGUUUGUUGCACAUCCUAUUGCCUGCCAAGAUCAGCGAGGAGGAAUCCUUGUUUGACGAUAAUUUGACCCCUGACUCCUUAUUAUCCUCCUUGCACCGCAUGUAA